UUUCACUGUAUUAAAAUGGGAUUUCCGGUAGCAUACUCCGAGCUCUUCCUCCCCACGCUGCUUUUACGUACGCUUAUUCUUCUCGUUUACCUACGCAGACUCAUUUUCACUCUUUUUCUUUAUCUGGGACUCCCCGAUUUCCUCGAACUCGACAUUCCCCCGCCCGACGCGGCGGAUGCCGAUGUUUCCGCCACGGGCCACCGCGAUACCCCGCUCUGGGCUCUACUGUUUCGAGAACUUCUGCCCGUAGUAAAGUUCUCCGACCUCGUCGACCCACCGGGUAGCUGCGCCGUGUGUUUUUACGACUUCGAAGGGGAGGAUGAGAUUCGAAGGCUGGUAAAUUGCCGACACGUAUUCCAUCGGAGCUGUUUGGACCGUUGGAUGGGAUAUGAUCAGAAAACAUGUCCUCUUUGCCGGACGAAUUUCGUUCCCGAUGACAUGCAAGAGACGUUUAAUGAGAGGUUUUGGGCUGCUUCGAUCCAUGAAUUCUAUGGCGAUGAUUCUCAUAUUCAUGCUUUCUAGC